CUUCUCUUCGUAGAUGGCGCUGCGUUCGAAACCGUUCGACUUUAGCUUAUAGGUUCUAUCGAAUAGUUCAUGGUUAUAGGUGCCAUUUUUUAUUAGUCCUUAGAUAAUACAAGCUGGUGUAUCUAAUUAUAAAUAAAUAGUGAAAGACUUAUUAAGCCAAAAUUUACGAAAUAAAAAUGUUAAACGUACAGAUAAGCACUGCUUCUGGAGUAAAACAGUACCUUACUGUUGAUACAGCACUUAAAGUUUGUGAAUUACGAAAUCAAAUUGAAGAACUAACGAAUUUUUCGCAAGAAAAUUUUUAUAUUGUACAAAAUGGUAAACUUGUGGAUGGAAAUGAUACUUGCUAUCCAGGUUAUGUUUCCGUUGUUCCACGAUUGUUUGGCGGAAAAGGAGGUUUUGGUUCCAUGCUACGUGCAAUUGGUGCACAAAUCGAGAAAACUACAAAUCGCGAAGCUUGCAGGGACUUAAGCGGGCGUAGACUUCGUGAUAUUAACGAGGAAAAAAGGUUAAAAGUCUGGAUUGAAAAACAGGGGAAACGGGAAGAGGAAGCAGCAGAACGCAAGAAAAAGAAAUUACAAAGGCUUUGUGCAGAACCUAAACAUGAAUUUAAGGAUCCAAAUUAUGAUCUUGAGAGAUCAGUUUUAACAGAAAGGGUUGGUGAUGCGGUCGAGGAGGGUUUAAAAAUUGCUUGUACAUCCGGAACGAAAAGGAAACAUAAUGAAGAAUUUAAACCAAAUAAGAAAAAAACAUUGUUAGAUUUUGAUAUCGAUUCUGAUGAAUUGGGCAGUUCUGAUGACAGCGAGGAAGAUGAAACGAAAUCUAAAACAGUGGAUCAAGAAGAACAAAUAUCAAAUGACAGUGGACAUUCCAGUGAUGAGAGCAGGACAGCCCAUAAAGAUACUAACAGAAUUGAAAGUGAAUGUUCGGAAACAAGUUCUGACAAUCAAAGUAGUGACCAAGUUUUGAGUAAUGCGGAUGAAAAAAAGAAAGACUGUGUUGCAGAAGAUAGUGAAUUUUCAGAAUCAAAUUCACCAAAACCUACUGAUGAAGACCUUAAAGUACCUACAUAA